AUGUCAAGAAAUCCCACAGCUGGUCUAGAGAAUACUUUAUUUCAACUUAAGUUUACCGCAAAGCAACUUAACAAGCAAGCGAAUAAAGCAGCCAAAGCAGAACAGGUAGAAACGAACAAAGUAAAGAAGAUUAUAAGCGAAAAUGAAGAUAUAGCGAGGUUGUAUGCAUCUAAUGCUAUCAGAAAGCGUAAUGAACGCAUACAGUUAUUAAAGUUGGCAUCAAGGGUUGAUUCGGUUGCGUCAAGGGUUCAGACGGCAGUAACGAUGAGGCAAGUUAGCGGGUCUAUGGCACAAGUUUGUAGAGGAAUGGAUAGGGCUUUACAGACUAUGAAUUUGGAGCAAAUCACUAUGAUUAUGGAUAGGUUUGAGCAGCAGUUUGAGGACUUAGAUACCAGCGUUAAUGUUUAUGAGGAUAUGGGACAGAAUAUGGAUGCCGUUGCGGUUGAUCAUGAUAAGGUUGAUGAUCUUUUGAACAAGGUGGCGGAUGAAAAUGGUAUGGAGCUAAAGCAAAGCGCUCAGUUGAAGGAUUUGCCAGAAAUGCAAAAUAGCCCACCUGUGGUUUCCGAAGAGAAGGAGGAUAAACUCGUGCAAAGGUUGCGUAUGUUACGUGGCUGA